UUGUAGCUCUGACAUGAGUGGUGCCAGUAACACACUGGCGAGGGAGUUCCUGACUGAUGUACAUCAACUAUGCAGUGCAGUGGCUCAGAGAGCAGAGGCACCAGAGGAAGAUGAAGAGGAAACUCACAUGGUGGCACUGGGCGAGUACCUGGUCAGGGGUCGGGGAUUCCUCUUGCUCAGUACUCUGGACUCCAUAAUUGACCAGGAGCUGACUUGUCGCGAGGAGCUGCUCACGUUACUGCUGUCUCUGCUACCGCUGGUCUGGAAGAUUCCUGUGCAAGAGGAAAAAGCACCAGUCUUCAUCUUGCCAUCUCUACUGGAAGUAUUUCUCACCCGGGAAGUGAAGGAUGUCUCCCCUGGAACAGGACUGAAGAUCAGGUCAGAUGAACAGAACUCCGGCAAGAGACCAUGUGUCGGCAGUGACCCUUGGAAGUCAAGGAGGUCACGCAGGACAGUCCAGAGAUACUCUGUGAGGAAUGCUCGCAAAUCCCAGCUUUCUACCUCAGAUUCAGAUCCCAACUCAGAAGAUAAAGCAGCCUCAGGCUCUGGUGGUGCUAGGAUCAAGAGAGCACAUGGCUCCAGCAUCCGAGUAAACUAUCAGCAUUAUCGUUCAGAGGUCUCACAGAAAUCAUCCACCACAAAAUCCACAGGAACCAUGAGUGCACCAUAUCCUCAUCCCAGAUCCACUGCCUCUCACAAAUCAGACCCUGAAACUCUGACAGAUCCAGCUGCAAUAUCAGUUUUCAACCGGAUGGAGAAUUCACCCUUUGAUCUCUGUUAUGUUUUACUUUCUCUACUGGAGAAGGUUUGUAAGUUUGACAUGAGCAUUAACCACAACCCUGGCCUGGCAGUCAGUGUUGUACCAACACUCACUGAGAUCUUGACUGAAUUUGGAGAGUGCUGUGGUCCAGGUGGUGGAGGUGGAACAGGAGCAGAAGAGCUGGCUGGAGGUUGGACAGAGGAACCAAUCGCCCUUGUCCAGAGGAUGCUUCUACGCACAAUUUUGCACCUGAUGUCUGUGGAUGUGAGUCAAAAUGAAACCCUUCCAGAUACUCUGAGACGCAGUCUGAUAGACUUGCUCCGAGCCACCCUCAAAAUUCGCAGCUGUUUGGAUAGGCAGAUGAACCUGUUUGCUCCUCGGCCAAAGAAAACCUUGCAGGAGAUUCAAGAUGACUUCUCAUUUUCCCGAAAUCGCCAUAGAGUGCUACUGCUGCCAGAGCUUUUGGAGGGAGUAGUACAAGUGCUGCUGGGUUGUCUGCAGACCUCCACACCCAACCCUUUCUUCUUUAACCAGGCUCUGGAACUUGUCCAUGAAUUUAUUCAACAUCGUGGUCUAGAACUGUUUGAGAUCACAGUACUGCGGCUGGAGGGACUGGGCAGGGCCAAAGAUUCUGAAAUAGGAAGUGAGGCUUCAGAGAGGCUACGAGGUCUUAUUGCAGGGGUCUUCAAAAUUAUUAGUGCUGUUAAGAAAGCAAAGUCAGAACAGCUACACCAGUCUGUGUGUGCCAGGAGACGUCAUCGUCGCUGUGAAUAUUCUCAUUUCCUGCAUCACCAUAGAGACCUGUCUGGUUUACCAGUUUCUGCUUUCAAGCAAACUGCGAGGCGCAAUCCCUUUGAAGAGGAUGCAGAUGGCAAUGAAGGAAUGGAGAGUGACGUGCAUUAUCCAGAGCGCUGCUGUUGUCUGGCUGCUUGUGCCCACCAGUGUCUGCGGCUACUGCAGCGCCUGUCUCCAAAUGGAGCAGCUAUUUUGCAGGUACUGGCUGGGGUGCAAACUGUUGGAAUCUGCUGUUGUAUGGAUCCUCGAUCAGUGGUAGUACCUCUGCUACAUGCCUUCCAAGCUCCAGGUCUGCGAAGUUACCAGUCCCACAUUCUCAAUGUCCUGAGCAGGCUGAUUCUAGACCAACUAGGUGGGGGACAGCCUUCUGAGAAAGCCAAGCUGGCCUCUUGUAACAUCUGCACUCUAGACAGCAGUCAGUUGCCGGGCCUGGAGGAGACACUGCAACAGAGGGAGCCCUCAGCUAUUUCCGGACUCUGUUAUCGCUCCCAGGGUAUUUUGCCAAGUGGAGGUGGCACAGAGGACAUGCUGUGGAAAUGGAAUGCUCUAGAGGCCUACCAAGGACUAGUGUUUGGGGAGGACUGGCAACUGAGCCAACAGAUAGCCAGCCAUGUGUGCCACUUGACCCUGCGGGGAAAUGUUAUCAUACAGUGGCAAGUCUACACACAUAUCUUCAACCCUGUGCUGCAGAGAGGAGUAGAGGUGGUCCACCAUGCCCAGCAGCUUGGGGUUUCCACGGUGUGCUCACAGGUGUGCGGAUAUCAUGGUCAGUGCAUGCCUGUGGAAGUACUGCUUGUAUACCUGCAAACAUUGUCUGUCCUUCUCAAAUCAAGGUGAGUUGAUUGUCUCAUUGUUCUGAAAUCAUCUGUUCCUUUCUCCAUGGUUGUCUGUGUCAGUACCGUGUGUGAGUGAAUGCCUGCUUUGCCAGAAAUGAGCUUCAGAUUUCAUACUUAA